AUGCUUCAAUUUCGCACACAAGGCUUCAAUGGCUGCGCAGUGAAAUACUCACCAUUUUUUGACAAUCGACUUGCAGUCGCCAGCGCAGCGAACUUUGGAUUAGUGGGAAAUGGCCGUCUUUGGAUUCUAGAGUUAACGCCGAAUGGCAUUCAACCCAUAAAAUGGUUCACAACACAAGAUUCUCUCUACGAUCUGGCCUGGUCAGAGCUCCACGAAAACCAAGUUCUUACUGCAUCAGGCGAUGGUAGCAUCAAGCUCUUCGACUGCACAGAAAAUGAAUUCCCUAUUCAAAGCUGGAAAGAGCAUGCGCGCGAAGUUUUCAGUGUGAACUGGAAUAUGGUAGCUAAGGAUCGAUUCUGUUCCAGCAGUUGGGAUGGCACCGUUCGUGUUUGGUCGCCGCAUCGCCCGCAAUCCCUACUCACCCUUCCCACUCACAGUUGUACCUACUCCGCCGCCUUCUGCCCUCAUACCCCGGAUCUGAUAUCCUGCGUGACAUCUGACUCCUAUGUCCGGGUUUUUGAUCUGCGUACCCCAGCCUCUGCCUCCAACCACCUUGCCCUCCAAAUUCCCAUCCACGCAGCCCCCGCCGCGCCAGCUAUUCCCGGUCAACCGGGCAUCCCACCGGCCGCCACUCCUCCCGCUGAAGCACUGACGCAUGACUGGAACAAAUACCGACCCACCGUCCUCGCAACAGCAGGCGUGGACCGUGCAAUCCGAACAUUUGAUAUUCGUGCUCCUCAACAAGGGCCACUGACGACGAUGCUGGGCCAUGACUACGCUGUCCGAAAAGUUGCGUGGUCGCCUCAUCUCUCCAAUGUCUUGUUGAGUGCCAGCUAUGACAUGACCUGUCGUGUAUGGAGUGACCGUUCAGAUGCAAGCGGUGUUGGAGAUGUGGAUCUAAUGCGUUCUGGUCCGGCGGGUCCGGCUGUCGGAAUGGAGAUGGGCCGAAUGGGCAGACAUACCGAAUUCGUCACCGGUGUUGACUGGUGCUUAUUUGGAAGUGAAGGCUGGUGCGCUAGUGUUGGCUGGGACGAAAGUCUAUAUGUAUGGGAUGUGAGAGGCACGAUGUCAUAA